UAAUCACAAUUUUCCUCCAAUUCUUUAUCUCCUAAUCAAAUAUCACUCUCUUCAUCAAUUUUUUGGCAAGCAACGCUGUCAUGGCCGGAGGAAAAUCCAAGAGCAAGGCCUCCAAGAAGAAGACCGCCACCGAGGCUACGUGCUCUGCGCCACAACCCUUCCCAUACCUGGACGGCUCGUUUCUUGAGUUCGGGUCGGAAGAGGAACUCUCUCGUUUCAUCACCUAUUUCGCCAAGCGCCCCAUCUCUCCGCCAAGGGUGCUACCCGAGCUAUACCCUCAACAAAAGGGGUACCACGACCUUGACAAUCAACUCAAAGAGUCGGGUCUGUGGCCGUUCGUCUCCAGAAGCCGUCAAUCCUUCAAUCCCGCCUAUGUUCGGGCUUUCUACUCCAAUCUCUGCUGGGACGGGGACACCAUCCGGAGCAGCAUCAAUCUCUAUGACAUAGAGUUUGACUUGGCUACUUUUGCUAGGGUCGCAGGGCUGCCUACCCGCGGCGACGACAUCGCGUCAUACGGAGGCGACGAUUGGAUCCUCAACAACGAGGCCGUCGUCAUUCGUGAGCUCGGGAUCACCACCUUGAUCCGUCACAGCGGCGCACCGACGAUUCACUCGGCCCCACCGGAGAAGCGCCUCCUCCUCUACAUCAUCACCCGAAUCCUUCGCCCUCGGGACAGUGGCCACACCAGUCUCUCCAACGAAGAUCUCAAGGUGGUGCACGCUAUCAUCCAUGGUGCCUUAAUCAAUUGGGCAAAAUACGUCAUGAUUCACAUGACGGAUUGCGCCUCAAUCGCCACCGAAAGGAGCUUGCCAUACGCCUUCCUCGUCAUGGACCUCAUCAUCUCCGCCGACAUCCACAUCGUCGGGCCAGACACGAAGAUGACGAAGCUGUGGAUCAUCCAAGACAGCACCUUCCGGAAGAAGUCCGCCGAUACCCUGAAUCGGCUAACCGUCACCGUGGAUGGCAUGGGCCAGUACCUGGAGAGGAUGGACUAUUCGAUUCAACGCCAAGGCCACGACAUGCGGGCGUACUUCCGCGGCAUCAACUACGUCCCGCCGCCCUUUGACAGCACCUUCCUAGGCCAAAACUAUGAAGGCGAGGACGAGGACGAGGACGACAACUCCUUUGCUCCGUCCUCCUCCCCCGACGAGGCCGACUUUGAGGACGCGGUCGACGGGGAUCCCAUGGACGUCGAAGACGACGAAGAAGACGAAGACACCGAGGACGAAGACGCCGCUGCCUAGAUUCUUCUUUCUUUCCCUCCUUCCUAUGAUGUUUUUAUUAUCUUCAUUCCGUUGUAUUCCGCAUUUCCUUCUUAAAGAAAUAAAAGCUUACUUUUGAA